AUGGCGUCCACUCAGAAACCCGCGUUUGAAGCCUUGCCCCUCCGCAAAGAUGGGCCGCACGGUAAUGCAUGGGGACGCUGGGGCGAUGCAGAUGAACUGGGCACGCUGAACCUGCUCACGCCCCAGGUCACUGCUGAAGCGGCCAAGGAUAUCAGGGACGGGGUGCGCAUAUCGGUAGACUGGUCGCUGGACAGUAUGUCUGUUCCAUGCUUUGGUCGCUCGUGUCUGGAGCAUACCAUUAGUAAAAAGGGCGAGAAGACUGUCAAUGAUGACAUUCUGUUGUUCAACACCCAGAGCAGCUCGCAGUGGGACGGGUUUCGGCACUAUGGGUAUCAGAAGGAGAAGGUUUAUUAUAAUGGGCUGACGCAAGAGGAUGUGAUGACGACUAAGAAGAAUGGAAUACACGCAUGGGUCGAAAAAGGCGGCAUUGUAGGCCGUGGAGUUUUGCUCGACUAUGUCUCCUGGGCGGAAACAAACAACAUCUCUAUCAACCAAUUCUCAACUACCCCAAUCCCAGUGUCAACCCUGAAGAAAAUAGCCUCUAACCAAGGCACAUCUUUUCGCCGGGGAGACAUUCUAUUCGUCCGCACCGGCUGGACAGAGGCGUAUUCUCGCUUGUCUACCGCCGAACAACAAACGCUGGCAGCAACCUACCCUCCACCGGCCAUCGGACUGGAGUCAUCAGAAGAAACCUUGCGGUGGCUCUGGGACCAGGAGUUCGCGGCAGUUGUCGGCGACCAACCCAGUUUCGAGGCGUGGCCGUGCCAGAACUUGGAUUUCUUGCUACAUGAGUGGAUUUUGGCUGGCUGGGGAAUGCCGAUUGGGGAACUUUUUGAUCUGAAACAGCUAAGUGACGAGUGCCGAAAGAGGGGACGAUGGGAGUUUUUCUUUAGCAGCAUGCCGCUAAAGGUACCUGGCGGUGUUGCUAGUCCUCCUAACGGGGUUGCUAUUUUCUAG